AUGAGUUCAGUGCAUGUAAAAAGUAACAAAAUUGCAUUCAAGAAUAUUUUAGUCAGACAUGGGUCAUUGGACAAGAUUAAAUGCUGUGCAUAUUCAACAUUAGAGUCCAUGUUCGCGAAGAAAGUCGUGCUUAUAAAUAUUUUAGAGGACACAAUGAACUCAUCAAAAGAGCUCAUCCAGAAGCCUGUUAAUAUUAUUAUAGUACCCUCGAUCCAAAUAUUCUGUGUUGCUAUGUCUAUUUUAAUAAAUUUGAUAAGGAAUCAAAAGUUUGUCGGGGGAUUGUCGUUUGAGAAGUUGGAGAAAUUUAUCAUUGAAUUUAAUCAAUUGAAGGCACUGCGCCAACGUAAUUUGUGCAAAGUUGAGAGACAGACAGAGAAUAAAGAGACUGAUAAGGUUGAAUUAACGACAGAGACAAUUCCUUCAAAAAUUACUAGGAAUGAUGAUGAUGAGAUAUUUUAUGACUGCAACGAGGAAGAGAUAACAGAUAGAAAGACUGAUAGAUUUUUAAAAACCGCUUCAUAUGCAAGCAUCGUUUACAUUUAUGCUCAACUCUCAUUACUCGUUUAUCUCGCUGGCCUAUCAACAUUAAAAUUAGGAAUUCUAUUCAUGUUCGUGUGCGUUGCAGCUAUAGCUUAUUUUCUAAUAAAGAUGUCAUUUAUGAAAAAAUCACAAUCGUCAAGGAGAUGCAGUCGAAGACUAAAGGCAGUGAAGCAGAAAUUAUUUGGCAAGGCAUUAACCUUUAGUCCAAUUACAUGCGUUCUUCCACAAAUAAAGUUCAGCACAUGUGCUGGAAAAUUCCCAAAUGAGAAGCAAAAAUCAUUGUGA